AUGAAUCCUCUUGAAGUAGUAGCAACCAACCGAGCUCCCUUGUUUGAUGGGUCAAGCUAUGUAUUUUGGAGUGUUCGUAUAAAAGCAUAUAUCAUGUCUCUAGGUUUUGAUGUUUGGAUGAGUAUUGUUAAUGGGUAUACUCUGCCCUCUCAACCACCUACAGAUCUUGAUGGAAAGAGGGCCUUCGAAAGUAAUGCCAAGACUAUGAAUGCAAUUUUAUGUGGGUUGUCAGAAUCUAAGUUUGUCAAGGUCACGCAUUGUGAGUCAGCACAAACUAUGUGGGAGAAACUGCAGAAUUUUUGUGAAGGGGACGAGAAGGUUAGAAAUGCAAAAGUUCAAACACAUAGAAUGUUGUUUGAAAUUCUCAAAAUGCAAGAAGAUGAAAACAUAGCAGCAUAUUUCUUAAGAGUAGAUGAAGUGAUCAAUUCCUUGAAAGGUUUGGGAGAGAAGUUGGAUGAUAAAGUAGUUGUUCCAAAAUUUUUAAGGUCAUUGUCCCUAAAAUUUGAUGUCAAAGUUUCAACAAUAGAGGAGAUGGUUGAGUUAGACAAACUAAUAGUUGAUAAGUUGCAUGGCAUCUUGACUCCAUAUGAAAUGCGCACUAAUGUUGACAGUUCAUCAAAGAGAGAAACAUCUUUUAAAGCUUCAAAGAAGGGUAAAGAAAAUGAGCAAAAAUCGAGUGAAAGUUUAGAAGAAGACUUUGAGGAUGAAGCAACACAUCUUGUUAGGAAGCUAGAAAGAGGUUCUGGUAAAUAUAAGGGCAAGUUGCCAUUAAAGUGGUUCAACUGUGGGAAGAUUGGUCACUUUGCAUCAAAGUUUCCUUAA